CACGUGUUUACAUCAAUGCGCCACGCUUCAGUGCGCUCUCUGAAGGGGAUAAGUGGGAGUGGGAGAGGAGAGGGGCGACAGUACGGAGGAAGAUUCAGUCGGAUAAGUAACUCAUCACCAAGAAACGAGAGGGCAUCGUUACAGAGGUCCACUACACCUGCUGCAACUUGCUGCCACACGGCACAAACAUCCUCCUCAAUGUCCGGCGGUUUAACGAUGGAUCACACUUUCCUGCCUCGGUCCAUCUGGACCAGUGACAGUAAAUUCCUCCAGCAUCCAGCGGAUCUCUACACCAGUGUGGUCGUUACGCGCAGCAUCCCUGCAGGCACGUGCUUUGGUCCAUGUGUGCUCCAAAACACUUUCUACGACACUAUCGCCUUCAUAGCGCAGAAAUCGUGCGACAAAAGAGCUAAAUCCUAUGUGUUCAGGGUAGACCCCGAGGCCAUGCGUAAUUCUGCGCUGGUGCUGUCCUGGCUGCGGCUCAUGCAGGCUGCGCGCAAUGGAGAGGAGCAGAACACAGAGGCCUUCCUGAAAGCGGGUCAGCUGUAUGUGCGGACUAUCCGGGACAUCCGGCAGGAGGAAGAACUGCUGGUGUGGUACGACCAGGAGCUGUCUCACCUACUGGGCUUCACAGACAUGACCAGAGGAUCGAGUGAAGAGUUCAAAUGUGGAAGAUGUUACCAGGUCUUCAGGAAUGAGAAUCCUUUCCUCGCUCACUGCCGAUUCCUGUGUACUCAAGUAAAGAGUGACACCUGGAGCCGCGAGUUUUACGAACACAAGCACGUGGAAAUUAAGAGGCAACAUCGAGUGACAGAUUUCCACAACAUCGCCAGAGAUUUGGAACACAAAAAAUCUGGCAGCAACGAGGAAGCAGAGAUUUCCCCCAAGAGAAGGAAAUACGAGGAAACUCUUUAUCCCAAAGGGCGGAAAACGGUUCUGUUAGAAAAAACGAACAUUUCAAAUGAUGACAAUAUUACACAGCUGAGUAAGGGCUACGACCAGGCAGCAGGAGAUGCAUCUUCCUCAGCGGAGAAACUGAAAGCUGAUAAGAUCAAACCGAAUCAUUUAGGAUGUAAGAAUGAUGCUUUUGCUGAAGCGGGGGAAGCCAAAGGGACUUUUACGCACGGCAGAGAGAUGGACGCACGGUCGGAGACAGGUGAGAGCUCUGAUGUGCACUCAUGCAGCAGCAGUGCAUUUUCUCUGGUCCUCUCCAACAAUCGGGGCGAGCAGAAAAGCGCUUUCUGUAAACCGAGUAAAAGAACAUCUCCUAUUGACCCCCAGGCGCAUCUCAGCAGCGCUCCAGAGAUGAGUGAUGCCUUUACCUCCAGGACUGUUAUGGGAUACAACAAUCUGAUGGCAUCCAACAUCCUGAGCGGUGACUUACAGACUGUACCCUCCCCGGUUGCAAUAAACAGUGCUUUCCAUUACGCACCGGAGCAAUGGUCCCGGAACAUUGGCGUUCAGCUGCAGACAACAUCUUCUCUCACGGUCCUUCCGCCGACUUUCACCUCAUUUGGCGUAUCUGUGCAGAACUGGUGUGCCAAAUGCAACCUGUCCUUCCGCAUGACCUCCGACCUCGUUUUCCACAUGCGCUCUCAUCACAAGAAGGAGUUCGCGGCUGAGUCCCAGGUGAGGAGGAGGAGGGAGGAGAAACUCACCUGCCCGAUCUGCCACGAAUACUUCCGAGAGCGGCACCACCUGUCCAGACACAUGACUUCUCACAACUGAGACAAGAGGGGACAACAAAAAACGUUAUUUAUUUCCUAAAUGAUGCUCGUAUUUAACAGAUUUAGACUCCAGAUUUCGGGCGAGCUUUGGUGUAUAACAGUGAAUGUAGGUAGCUGUAAAGAAAAUAGCAACACGGACACACGUGGCCAUCACAGCCUGUCCACUAGAUGACGAUAGAGGUACGUGUAAGCUGAUCUCACUGCAGUUUGUUGUCUGUCCUUUAGCCCUUAUGUUAGGUUGAUGAUUAUUUUGUGCCUUAUAGAACUCAGGAGGGAAGAAAGACGGAGAGAUCUCGAGGACAGCUCAUGAUUGUCAUAAAUAUCUCGACGCAGUCGUCUUAUUUGUCCGCUUUUCUCUGCUCUGAUUUGUACAAGAGACAUGGAUUGAGUGUGUUUGCAAAUUCGUUUUGCAAUCUAAAACUAUGAAAAUGAAACAGACGUGUCGAGUAUUUUCUUCCACCACCAUGUUGGUUCAACUCAGAAAUGGUGUCAGUUUUUGUCUGUUCCAAUAGGCGGCGACUGAGACCAACUUUUCUCUUUUUUCCCCUCUGUAGAUUAUUCAAUAUAAAGAAUAUCUAUCAAAUAUAUUUGCUUUGUGAUUAGACUGUCCUGACUGAGGAUUGUGUCAUUUCUAGAAAGAAAGAAUAGUGCAUGAACUAAUGGGAAUCUUUUUGUUCUCACUCUGCUUUCAUGCACUACUUGACAAUACAAGACAGAAAUGUUGUUGUUUAAAAUAUGCAUCAAUACAAUAUCUGUAAGCCAUUUGAGAUGUUUCACCCAACAUGUCAGCAUGCAAUUUGAAAAAGAUAAGUUGACACAAUGAGAGGCUGAUUUUCAGCCUGCCACUCAAAAAUGAGUUUAAAAAGUUUAAUGGUUAUCAUUCAUCAGACAUGGAUGGAGUCCACAUAACCCUACUGCUUUGAAUUUGUGAUUUUAUGUUUCUCCACCAAUAGUACGUCCCAUUUAGAUCAGGCUGCGGACAGAUGGACAUAAAUAGCCUUCUCUGUUGCAGGUAAAUGAGGCGGGAAGAAGGCACGAAGUUCAUGGGAAAGUCAAGCCUCGACCCUGUUCAGUCACUCUGUAAUGUAAUCAGGGAUGUAAACCCGCCCACACUGCUGUUAUCUAUCUUUUAUUUGAGUAACAGAGAUUCUCCUCCAAGUCUCUUCGCACCACAAACUGAUUAGACUAUCAGAGGGUUCCUUCAGGGAGUUCAUUAAUACUUUUCUGGAAAUAUGUCAGAUUUCUUUUAUGGAUGUUUUGCUUGUGAUGAUGAUCAGUUGGACAUCAUUACUCAUAUGUUUUACUACUGGGACUGAAACCUACACAGGACAUGAAAACUGCACACAAAACACCCAAAACUUUUUUGGCACUAAUACACUGCAACAUGUUCAUAAUCUUUCACUGAGUUUGAAACCCUAAUUUAUCUUUAGGUAGCCCAAAUAUUUUUUGUUUCCAGACUAAAAUGGACUUCUUGGCUGAAUAAAAGUUCUAAAAGUUUUAUUUAUAUAUAUAUAAAUUUUAUUUUUCACUUUCUAAAGGAAAAAAUAAGAUUUUUAAAUAAAAUACCCAGUGGCCAACAUGAUUAAAUGGGUGAUUAAGAGGUACAGUGUCACUCUAUUAAAGCUAUGUCAUAAUGAACAGAACUAUUAGUUCUCUGAGCUCAGUAACCAUGUGAGGAAAGAGCCAAUUCAGCCUGGACACAGAAAAUCCUCUGUUGUCUAAUAAUGGCUGUAUUGCUCUCCUUUAAUUGAACAGUCAUCAUGUGGAAAAACAAAUAUUGUUCUUGGUUCCCCGCUUGCCUCAUUGGGUUUUGGCUUUUAGGCAUACUGGGCUCUGAACACGAGCCUAGACUACUGUGAUUUUCUCAGCUGGAAUUGACCAUUGUAAGUACUCUCCUGUGCCUGUGACUGCGGUUGACAUGGGGUUCACUUUGUAAUAGCAGACUGUGUGUCCGGACUGUAAAAGGGAUCUGUUAGGAAAUUUGGAAAAAAUGAACCUGGAUGUGCUCAUUACAAUUGGGCCACCCUACUUUGAAGCUAAAACAUCUAUUAAUGUAAACAUGAUUCAUAAUAACCCUAAUUACAGUCAUCAUCAUAAUUUUAAUGGAUGUUAGACCCCAUAAAGGGUGCAUUCGUAAAAAGGUUUGUUGUUGCUGAACAUUUCCACUUGUUCAAAAUGGAGAAAACUGAAUCAUGCAUUUGGUAUUUCAGACAUUUCUCUCUCCCCUCAUCUGCCUCUCUCCCUCAUACUCAAAUAUGGAUUAAAGAUAAUCUCUUCGGGGU